AUGAUGAGGCCAAAAGCUCCUCCAAAUGAUGAGGGAAAAAUUGGGCUUUUGGAAUAUUUGGAAGAAAUUAUAGGGACAAAUGUCUAUGUCCCGCUGAUACAGGAAGCAGAAGCUCAGCUUGAGAAUAUCGGGGAUGAGUUGAAUGCUAACUCCCCCCCCCCCCCCUCCGUGAGCGAACAAAACCAUUAAAAAAAAUCGCCAUUUUUUGACCAAAAACCCACCCUCCGUGAGUGAACAAAAAUUUUUUUAAUAGAAAAAAUUUUAAUGGAAAAAAAAUUUUGAUAUAUAAGUGAUAAUUAGUAUAAUGAAAUCUAGUGCUAAUUCUGUUUAAUUUUAAACAAAUUGCGUUUUAAAACAUAAAUUUUGCAAAUUAAAUUAAUAUUUGCUUCCCAAUUUUUGCAAAUUAGGAUUUUUUUAAAUUCGAAAAAAAUAUUUUUUAUAAAAUUUAUAUAUAAAUUUUUUUUAAAAAAAAAAAAUUAACCCCCCUCCGUGAGCGAACAAAAUUUUUUUGUUCGCUCACGGAGGGGGGGGGGGGGAGUAAGAAUUUAAGAGUAGAAGAAGCCCAAAAAGCGGUUAAUCAGCUCGAAGACCCUAAAAAUGAAGCUUUAGCUUAUAUUGAGUUGGAAAAAGAAGUCCAUGAUUUCGCGAACUUGAGAAAUCAGCUGUCAAGGUACCAGUAUUUAAAUGAUGAAAUAAAAAUAGAGGAGGAUAUAAGGAAAAUCGAUGAAAAUCUGAAAGAAGUUGAAAUGCAGUUCAACGAAAAGAAGCAGCUGCACAUUGACGCUAUAAAUGAGUACCAAUCAAAGCAGCAAGAAUACAUUACUUAUGUAAAAAAUGAAAAAAAAUUAAAAGAAGACGUAUGCUUAAAUAAAUUGUAUAACGCAAAAUUUAUAAUGCAAUUUUUAUAUGCAAAUAUAAUGUAAAAAAGCAUAGAAGAAAUGUCUAGAAAAUAUGAUCAAGUAGAAGAAAAUAAAAAAGGUAUCGAAAAGAAACAAGAAGACACUUAUAAAAACAUCGCAGCUGAGAAUAAAAGAAAAGAUGGCAUAAGAGAAACCUUAGAAGAGCUCUAUCAAGCUAUUCCAGCUGUAGUAAAUUCCUUACAAGAAACACUCAGAGACAAAGAAGCUGUAGAAGCUGAGUACAACGCAAGAAAUGCUGAAAUCAUAAGUGCAACCGAAGAAAUGCAAAGGCGAAAAAUGGCUUUCGAAAAAGACCUUGUCCCAUGCAAAAAGCAGCAUGAUGACAUCCUCGGCAGAAAAGAAGUCAACAAACAAAAAAUCGAGUUUUUAUUAUCAGAAAGAGCACAAGAAGAUGAAGAAAGAAAAACCAUUGAAAAUGACAUAGAAUCAUGCCAGGAAAAUUUAGAAAUAAAAAACAAAGAACUCCAGGAGCUGGAAAGGAGAUUUGAGGCUGUACAAGAAGAAGUGAAGAAUAAAAAAGAAAGUUAUGAAGAAUUAUUUAGGGAUUUAGAUAUAGCGAAAAAACAAUUGGCUCUGUCAAAAAAACAGCUUCAAGAUAUAGAGGAAAAUGAGAGAAAAGCUGAAGGGAAAAGUAAACUGAUUCAAGAUAUUAAUACAGCAAAAAGGACUGGGGAAUUGGGGGGGAUUUUAGGAAGACUUGGAGACUUAGGGGUUAUUGAUAGCAAAUAUGAUGUAGCAGUCUCAUCAGCCGCUGCAAGGCUUGAUAAUAUUGUGGCAGAAACUGUUCAAGACGCAGAAAAACUUAUAGAGUUUGUAAGAAAUAGGAACUUAGGAAGGAUUAAUGUCAUUGUUUUGGAUAAAGUUAAGCAGCAGUGGGAACAGCGUGCGAGAGCGCCGUUUGAAAGCCCAGACGCCAGAGCACUGAGGCUUUUUGAUAUCAUAAAAUUUGAUGACAUAAAUUUAGAAGCUGCAUUUUAUUAUGCAAAAUCCCAAUAAAUAUCUAUUUCUAUAUAAAUUCUUACUGUAUAUAAUUUAUUUUGGUAUAUGCAAUGAGUGAUACUCUUGUCACUGAAACAAUGGACGAUGCCAGAAGAAUUGCAUUUGGAGGACAAAAAAGAUACAGGGUUGUUACCCUCACAGGAGAAAUCAUUAAUCCAUCAGGAGAAAUGCAAGGCUUUGCUAAGCCUAAAAGUGGACUAAUGUGUGUUCAGCAGCAAAAUUACCAUAGAAUCAGUUUUUCUCAAAAUGAUAUAGGAGCUUUACAAGAAACCAUUCGGCAGUUAACCCUUCAAGUCAACGACAUGAAUGCCAAAGUUAAACAAUUUCAAUCAGAAAUCGCUGCAGAAAGAAAAGAAAAAGACCAAUCAUUGCAUAACCUGCAAAUAAUGAAAAACGAUUGUGAAGGUCUCAGAGAAAGACUAGAAAAAUUGAUAUCAAGGCAAGCAGAGCUCACGUCAAAAUCCCAAAUAAACCAAGACAAAGAAUUAGCUGAGCUCAGAGAAAUCGAAAAGAAAAAUGAACAAGCCUUAGUCAAAAUAUUAAAAGUAAUAGAAAAUAUACAAAACCAAAUCGAAAAAACUGAAAAAGAAAUUGAUGAGUUUGGAGGUGAGGAUUUUAAAGAACUAAAAAAGAGGAGGCAUCAUUUAUAUGAAGCUGAAGAGCAUUUAAAGACUGAGGCCGAAAAGCAGAACAAGAAGCUUAUACAAUGCAAAAAAGAUUUUGAUAAAGUCCAAAAAAAGCUCAAUGAGCUUGAAAGCACUAAAACUGAGCUGGAUCAGAAAUUUGUUCAGCUUAAAGAAGAAAGUGAGAUUAUCGAGCAAAAAGCGCUAGAAGCCAUAAAACUGCAUGAAGAAGCCAAAAUUGUAAAAGCAGCCCUUGAAAAAACUUUAACUGAACUAAAUCGCCAACAAGCAGAAAUGAAGAAAGAAUUUGACGAAAUUUUAGAAAAAAGAAAUAAAUUGAAAUUGCAAAGAAAAGACGAAGUCGCAAACCUCGCACAAAUACAAAACGAGAUCAAUAAAUGGGAUGCAAGAAUAGAAAAAAAUAGAAAAGAUUAUCAAGAAUUGGUCAACGAAUAUCAAGAUGUGCUAGGAAUAGCCAUGGAAAUCGUCGAAGAAAAAGAAGACACUGAAGAAGAUGUUGAAAAUCCUAGGAAAAGAGGCAAAAAGGAUGAAGAAAGGAAAAUGCUGAGAUUUCCAGUCAAUAAAGACUUUACUAAAGAAGAAAUGGAAAACUUGUACAGCAAGCUGGAAACGAUUAAAAAAUUAGAAGUAAAAGUCCAAGAAGAUCUUACUGCAGCCAGGCCGAAUUUAGGAGUCAUUCAGGAAUACAGAGCCCGAGUUGAAGACAAAAAAGGAAAAGAAGACGAAUUUUACCAAGUAAAGCUCAGGGAAGCUGAAUUAAGGAAAAAAUACUCAGACCUUACUGGCCGAAGACUUCAAGAAUUCAACACAGGCUUUACUAUGAUUUCUCAAAAAUUACGAGAAAUGUACAGAAUGAUCACAAGAGGAGGAGACGCUGAGCUUGAAUUUGCAGACUCAACUGACCCAUUUUCAGAAGGAAUUGUAUUUACUGUGAGGCCUCCAAACAAGUCUUGGAAGAAAAUGGCAAAUUUAAGUGGAGGUGAAAAAACAUUGAGCUCUCUUUCAUUGGUCUUUGCACUACAUCAUUAUAAGCCAAAUGCCCUUUAUGUGAUGGAUGAAGUGGAUGCUGCCCUUGAUUUUCAGAAUGUCAGUGUGAUAGCCAACUAUAUUAAAGAUAGGACGAAAAAUGCACAGUUUAUUAUUGUGUCACUGAGGUAUCAAAUGUUUGAGCUUGCUGAUAGACUUAUUGGUGUCUAUAAGACGAGAGAUGUGUCUCAAACAAUUACAAUUAGUCCUUGCUCUCUUAAAGAAAGUGAUAAAUCGAAUCCAAUUAUAAGACAGACCUUGAGCAAUAUUAAAGUCAACUAA